AUGGGGAAAUGGCAGAACCAGACUGUCAGCAAAGGAGGUUCGGACGGCGCCGGCCCGCUGCAGAACGGCAAGCGGAUGCGCACGGCUUUCACCAGCACGCAGCUGCUGGAGCUGGAACGGGAGUUUUCGGCCAACAUGUACCUGUCCCGGUUGCGGCGGAUCGAGAUCGCCACGUACCUCAACCUGUCGGAGAAACAGGUGAAGAUCUGGUUCCAGAACCGGCGGGUGAAGCACAAGAAGGAAGGCAAGGGAGCCCAGAGGAACACGCACGGCGGCGGCUGCAGUUGCGCCGGCGGCAACCCGGGUCGCUUCCCCAGAUCCGAGGACGAAGAGUCGCUUUCCCCGGCCUCGGCCAACGAAGACAAGGAGGUCUCCCCGUUGUGA